AUGUACCGGCGCAGCUACGUCUUCCAGGCCCGCAAGGAGCAGUACGAGCGCGCCGACGAGGCGUCGCGCGCCGCCGAGCCGUACAGCCUGGUGGAGGGCCGGGCGGCUGCGCCGAGCCUGGCGCAGCUGCAGGGGCUCGGCGAGCGCGUGGCCGCCCACGUCCAGCGGGCCCGGGCGCUCGAGCAGCGCCACAUCGUCCUGCGGAGGCAGCUGGACGCCUUCCAGCGCCUGGACGAGCUGGCUGGCUCCGAGGAUGCCCUCGCCCGCCACGUCGAGGGCAACCGCCAGCGCGCCCGGGAUUUGGCGGCCGAGCGCAACCGGUUGGAGCGCCAGGGCGCAGAGGCGCAGCGCGCCCUCUGCGAGUUCCAAAGCAAGUAUGAAAAUGAGUGUGAGUGUCAGCUGCUGCUGAAAGAAAUGCUCAAACGGCUAAACAAGGAGGCAGAUGAAGCCCUGCUGAGCAACCUGCGCCUUCAGAUCGAAGCCCAGUUUCUGCAGGAUGACAUCAGUGCGGCCAAGGACAGGUACAAAAAGAAUCUUCUGGAGAUUCAGACCUAUGUCAGCAUCCUGCAGCAGAUCAUCCAGACCACCCCGCAAGCAGCCGCCAUAACCAGUGGCAUGAGGGAGGCGAAGCUCCUGACGGAAAGGGAGGUGGCCGCCCUGCAGAGCCAGCUGGAGGACGGCCAAGAGGUGCUCUGCCUCCUGCAGGCCCAGAGAGCCGAGCUGCAGGCCCAGACGGCGGCCCUAGAACAAGCCAUCAAAGAUGCCCACGAGUGUUACGAUGAAGAGAUUCAGCUCUACAACGAGCAGAUUGACACCCUGCGGAAGGAGAUUGAGGAGGCCGAGAGGAGCCUGGAGAGGUCGUCCUACGACUGCCGGCAGCUGGUGGUCGCCCAGCAGACCCUGAGGAACGAGCUGGACCGGUAUCACCGGAUCAUCGAGAACGAAGGCAACAGGCUGAGCUCCGCCUUCACUGAAACUCCGAUCACUCUGUACACCGUGAGCCACGGAGCCUCCUUCAGCCCUCGACACGGUGGGAAAGAUCUCACCAGGGCUGUGCAGGAUAUAACAAUAGCAAAACCAAGACAAAAAGGCCUCCCCAAGAACGUUCCAAGGAAAAAGGAGAUUAUAGCGAAAGACAAAGCAGAUGAAAGUCUGGAAGAGGCACCACUGAGAGGUCCUGAAGACCCAAAGCCAGGGCAGGUGGUACUUAAAGAAGAGGGUGAAUCUAAGCUUGAAUCAGGGGAUGGAGAAGCAAGUCCCCCGACCAUGGAUGGGGCUCCGGAGGAUGUCCCAGACGGAGGGAAGAUAAGCAAAGCCUUUGAAAAACUAGGCAAGAAGGUCAAGGAGAGGGUGAAAGGCCCCAAAGAACCCGAGCCCCCCGCUGACCUGUACACCAAGGGGCGGUAUGUGCUGGUCUCCGGAGAUGCCAAUUUCGUGGACCCAGGCUUCUGUUCCUUCUCCGUCCCAGCCAAAGGGGGCGUGGUGGUUUCCAAGGGGGAUGACUCUGUGCGUCCUGACAGCCACGUGGAGCCCUCUCCCCAGCAGCCGGAGCCCCCUCUGGAGGACGGAGAGGGGCCUCCCCCGGGGAAAGAAGAUGAAGAUGGACACCCCCCUACCCCGCACACUGCAGACAAGGGGGAUGAGAUGAAUGCCGAAGAACUGAAGGGUCCCCAGGGGAAACAGGAUGGCCAGAAGGAGGAGGAGGGGGCCGGGGAGCCCUGUCCCAUAGUCACACCUGGUCCAGAGGGGCCGUCUACACCCCAGUCUCAAGAGCCUCAGGUCACUCAGGGUGAGUCCGACGGGCCUGGAGCUCGGAGCAGCAGCCUGCCGGCGAGAAGCCCUCCCAGGAUGCUGGCCUAUGAGAAGGUGGAGGUGAUGGAAUCCGUUGAGAAGUUUUCCACUGACAGCAUCCAGACAUACGAAGAGACUGCUGUAAUCGUGGAGACCAUGAUCGAAAAGACGAAGGCAAACAAGAAGAAGCUGGAGGAGAAGUGCUCUUCCAAUGCCUAG